UGUCGCUUCACCAAAAUUUUCUCUGUUUCUGCUAUUCCUUUAUCCAUCUAAUUGAGAUCAUUAAUAGUUUCUGGAUUAUGAAGUGAUUUAUUGACUCCUUCCGCUGUUCAUCACCUGCUGCUUGAUCUAUUCAGAAAAUAGAUAGAUCGAUCGAUUAAACCUUUUGUUCCUCUUUUAGAUUAUUUUUCCUACUUGCUUGUUUGAAACAAAACCUUCUGAUAUUGUUCGCAUUGUAUUGCUUGUUACGGGAAAAUAUGUUUCUUGUGGUGCCGGCUACUUGUUCGGUUUUAGAUGGUUGCGCCUCAUUUUUUUAGCGUAGUGAUUGUCUGGCAGUUUUCAAGCUUGGUCAUGGUUGGAUGAUAAUUCUGCUCAAGAUUUUGCAGUAAAGGCUAGAAUAGUCAUUGAACCAAACUUAGCCAUAGAGGAUGGCAAAGUUGGAGGAGAUAGAGACAGAGGAGCACCAGAAGGCAAUAAUAAUAAGCAAGAGGAAGAGGACGAAGAAGAAGUACAGCAUCAUCAUCCCAACAUACAAUGAGCGUCUUAACAUUGCCCUUGUCAUCUACCUUGUCUUCAAACAUCUCCAGGAUAUUGAUUUUGAAGUCGUUAUAGUGGAUGAUGGAAGUCCUGAUGGCACUCAAGAUAUCAUAAAACAACUACAGAAUGUGUAUGGGGAUGAUCUCAUUCUGUUACGAGCAAGGCCAAAGAAGCUUGGUCUAGGAACUGCUUAUUAUCAUGGCCUUAAGCAUGCAUCUGGAGAUUUCAUAAUAAUCAUGGAUGCUGAUCUGUCCCACCAUCCAAAAUAUUUGCCAAACUUCAUCAGGAAGCAGAUGGAAACUGGUGCAAGUAUAGUUACCGGAACCCGCUAUGUUCGAAAUGGUGGCGUACAUGGAUGGAACCUUGUGCGUAAACUGACAAGUAGGGGGGCAAAUGUACUUGCACAGACACUUCUAUGGCCAGGCGUUUCAGAUCUGACUGGAUCUUUUAGGCUUUACGAGAGGACAGCUUUUGAAGAUGUUGUAAGCUCAUGUGUCAGCAAAGGGUAUGUUUUUCAGAUGGAAAUGAUUGUUAGAGCCAGCAGGAAGGGUUAUCAUAUUGAAGCGGUUCCAAUAACUUUUGUUGACAGGGUUUAUGGAAGUUCAAAACUUGGUGGAUCUGAAAUAGUUGAAUACCUUAAAGGCCUUUUUUACCUGUUGUUCACAACUUAAUAGGAGGAACAGAUACUGCAGUUUCCCCCUUUGCUGGUAACAUUUUAGUUCAUUUCUAAUUUCCAUGUGGAAUAAAUCAAGUGAUUUUCAAAUUAUUAUUGUUGAAAGCUACUGGUCUUUCAAUUCGGUCAACUCACAAUCUAUGCUAAAUAGUUCUAUUCAUUCUUUCUCUCAAAUAAAAAAUGGUUGUGGUUAUUGGCUCUAUA